UUCAGACUAUCCUUGUGCAAGGGGGAAAAGAAACCCUAUUUCGCUUGCAUUCUAUUAUACGUUCUAUUCUUUUCAAAACAUUGUUAUUUUCGUGAUCUGUGAGGAUGACCGGCAAAGGAGAGGGACCAGCGAUCGGAAUCGAUCUGGGUACUACUUACUCUUGCGUGGGUGUUUGGCAACAUGAUAGAGUGGAGAUCAUAGCUAAUGAUCAAGGCAACAGAACGACGCCGUCUUAUGUUGCCUUUACCGAUUCCGAGCGCUUGAUCGGCGAUGCUGCCAAGAACCAGGUCGCGAUGAACCCCAUCAACACCGUCUUUGAUGCAAAGCGGUUGAUUGGUAGGAGAUUUAGCGAUGCCACGGUUCAGAGUGACGCCAAACUCUGGCCGUUCAAGGUUAUUUCUGGACCUGGUGAUAAGCCUAUGAUUGUUGUCACCUACAAGGGUGAGGAAAAGCAGUUUGCUGCUGAGGAAAUCUCUUCCAUGGUCCUUAUUAAAAUGCGUGAGAUUGCUGAGGCUUACCUUGGCAACACUGUGAAGAAUGCCGUGGUCACUGUCCCUGCCUACUUCAAUGAUUCUCAGAGGCAGGCCACAAAGGAUGCUGGUGUCAUUGCAGGUCUCAACGUCAUGCGUAUCAUCAAUGAGCCCACUGCUGCUGCAAUUGCUUAUGGCCUUGAUAAAAAGGCAUCAAGUGUAGGUGAGAAGAAUGUCUUGAUUUUUGAUUUGGGUGGUGGCACUUUUGAUGUGUCAUUGCUCACAAUUGAAGAGGGUAUCUUCGAGGUCAAGGCUACAGCUGGAGACACCCAUCUCGGAGGUGAGGAUUUUGACAACAGAAUGGUGAACCACUUCGUUCAGGAAUUUAAGAGGAAGAACAAGAAAGACAUCAGUGGAAAUCCUAGAGCUCUUAGGAGGUUGAGGACAGCUUGUGAGAGGGCAAAGAGAACCCUUUCAUCUACUGCACAGACGACUAUUGAGAUUGAUUCUUUGUACGAGGGUAUUGAUUUCUACUCAACGAUCACUCGUGCCAGAUUCGAGGAGCUUAAUAUGGAUCUUUUCAGGAAGUGCAUGGAGCCUGUGGAGAAGUGUUUGAGAGAUGCUAAGAUGGAUAAGAGCAGUGUACAUGAUGUUGUACUUGUUGGUGGCUCUACUAGGAUUCCAAAGGUGCAGCAGCUGUUGCAAGAUUUCUUCAACGGAAAAGAGCUUUGCAAGAGUAUCAAUCCUGAUGAAGCCGUUGCUUAUGGUGCUGCUGUCCAGGCUGCAAUCUUGAGUGGUGAAGGCAAUGAGAAGGUGCAGGAUCUGCUUCUCUUGGAUGUCACUCCGCUGUCCCAGGGUCUGGAAACUGCUGGUGGUGUCAUGACUGUUCUGAUCCCAAGGAACACUACAAUUCCAACCAAGAAGGAGCAAGUUUUCUCUACCUACGCAGACAAUCAACCUGGUGUGUUGAUCCAGGUUUAUGAGGGCGAGAGAACAAGAACUAGAGACAACAACUUGCUGGGCAAAUUUGAGCUCUCAGGCAUUCCUCCUGCACCAAGGGGUGUUCCACAAAUCACUGUGUGCUUUGAUAUUGAUGCCAAUGGUAUCUUAAACGUUUCUGCAGAGGAUAAGACCACUGGCCAGAAGAACAAGAUUACCAUCACUAACGAUAAGGGAAGGUUGUCCAAGGAAGAAAUUGAGAAAAUGGUUCAGGAGGCUGAAAAGUACAAAUCUGAAGAUGAGGAGCACAAGAAGAAGGUCGAGGCAAAGAAUGCCUUGGAGAAUUAUGCCUACAACAUGAGGAACACUGUUAAGGAUGAAAAGAUCAGUUCGAAGUUGGAUGCUUCUGACAAGAAGAAGAUUGAGGAUGCCAUUGAACAAACCAUUCAUUGGCUAGACAGCAAUCAGCUGGCAGAGGCGGAUGAAUUUGAGGACAAGAUGAAAGAGCUUGAAAGUCUCUGCAAUCCCAUAAUUGCCAAGAUGUAUCAAGGUGCUGAUGCUGGCAUGGGUGGAGGCAUGGAUGAUGAUGCUCCUCCGGCAGGUGGCAGUGGUGCAGGUCCCAAAAUUGAGGAAGUUGAUUAAGCAUUGUGGGUGAUCUUUUAAAGCAAUGGUGAUGAAAAUUCAUAUUGCCUUUCUGUUGGCAAUGAUUUUGUUGUGUUUGUUUCUGUUGUUAAGUAGUAUGGUAGACAUUGUCUUCUUAUCCUUAGUAGAUUUAUAUAUUGGCUGAAUGCCAUUUACGGGACAAA